AGGAAAUUAACCUUGAAAUAUUUUUUCGAAAAAAAUACCCUUCAAAGGGUUACUAAAUUAAAAUGUUGAGAAAUUUUCUGUCUUUAUUGGGUCGAAAUGAAAUUUCUGUUGUUUCUUCAAGGCAUGCGUCAAGGAUGUUGCCGUCCGGCUUACGUCUGGAUAUAACGAAGGAAGACCUGGACGACACGUUGGAUUUCCUCAACUGGACGUUCUUGCGCGAGGAACCGCUGGUCAAGGCCAUGGAAAUCAAGGACACCUGUGACCUGCAGCGCUACAUGAAGCGGCAUGCUCAGCAAUGCACAGCCUUGAAGUUGCAGGAUAAGAACUGCCAGACAUUAGCUGUGGCGCUCUGCAACGUCAUCAACCCCAAGUCUUCCGACGAUGUUCGGACAUUCGCAGAGUGCAGUAUAUGCGACCAAAGGACAAAGCGACUGCUGAACCUGUGGGCAGAUAUCUCGGACAGCCAUAAUCUGUAUAAGUGUUUCAAAGUGCGGGAGAUUUGGGAGAUAUCCAUAAUGGCCACUGCGCCGAGUUUUCGAGGCAAGGGUUUUGGCAAGAUGCUCCUGAAGGAGGCUCGUCAUCUUGGGAAACAGGAGGGGCUCUCCAUUACCCGCGUGGACUGCACAAAUCACCACACUGCCAAUCUGGCAUACGACCUCAAGUUUGUCACGUUGCCUCCUCGCCACGUGCUUACUUACAGAGACAGGAGGGGCACGCCUUGGCUGCCUGCCUGCCCUCCCCACCCUCAGGGCCACGUGGUUGUCGCCUACGACUUCCUCACUUGACACAGCCUACUUGCCACUAUAUCUGGAAGGAACUUUAAAUUAAUAAAUACAAAAUUAUAUUUUUGUUAUUCUCA